AUGGCCGCCCUCUGGGAGAACAAUGGGCAACCAGGCCAGUUCCCGCUCGAGCAAUGGUUCUACGAAAUGCCACCAGUCACCCGGUGGUGGACGGUAGCGACAGUAGCAACCUCGGUGCUGGUACAAUGCCACGUCGUGACGCCUUUCCAACUAUUCUACAGCUUCCGCUCGGUGUACGUCAAAUCGCAGUACUGGCGACUCAUCACAACAUUCCUCUAUUUCGGACCCCUCAAUCUCGACCUCUUAUUCCACGUCUUCUUCCUGCAGCGCUACUCCCGCCUUCUGGAAGAAUCCUCCGGCCGCUCCCCAGCCCACUUCGCUUGGUUGAUUUUCUACGCCAUGACCUCCCUCCUCGUCAUCUCUCCUUUCCUCUCGAUUCCGUUUCUGGGCAGCGCCCUCUCGUCCAGCUUGGUAUACAUCUGGGCCCGACGCAACCCAGACACUCGCCUCAGCUUCCUGGGGUUGCUGGUAUUCACGGCUCCGUAUCUGCCCUGGGUGCUGAUGGGAUUCAGUGUGGUUGUGCACAAGAUUGUGCCGAAGGAUGAGAUGCUGGGUGUUGUUGUUGGUCAUAUUUGGUACUUCUUCAAUGAUGUAUACCCACCUCUGCACGGCGGACAUCGUCCGUUUGACCCACCUCGUUGGUGGCGGCGACUUUUUGAGCCUACGCCUGCACCCGGUGGGAUGGCGACUGGUGCGGCCAACAUGAAUCGCGAGUUUGCGGCCGCUGCGGCACCCGAGGUUCGAUGA